AUGGCACCACCCAAUCCGAAAGUUAAAGCGGCUUUCCGUGCAAUGACGAACCUUGGCAUUCAUGAAUCCAAAGUGAAACCAGUGUUAAAGAAACUGAUAAAAUUGUAUGAAGGAAACUGGGAGCUUAUUGAAGCAGAUAAUUACACUGCUCUUGUAGAUGCUAUUUUCGAUGUGGAAGAUAAUCAACAGGAAGAUAAUCAGGAAGGUGAGGUUGAGGCUGAAGCUCCUGGACCUGUACAGCAAGUGCGACCUUUGAAGAGGUUGCGUUUAAGAGACCAAGACGGUCAAUUUUCACGCCUUCCGACUAGUGGUGGUAGCCCAAGUUCAGCCGUCUCUCCAGUGGAAUCACACCUUCCGACUAGUGGCGGUGGCCCAAGUUCAGCCGGCUCUCCAGUGAAAACACGCCUUCAGACUAGUGGCGGUAGCCCAACUUCAUCCGGCUCUCCAGUGAAAACACGCCUUCAGACUAGUGGCGGUAGCCGAACUUCACCUGCCUCCUCUCCAUUGAAAUCACGCCUUCAGACUAGUGGCGGUAGCCCACGUUCACCUGCCUCCUCUCCAUUGAAAUCACGCCUUCAGACUAGUGGCGGUAGCCCACGUUCACCUGCCUCCUCUCCAUUGAAAUCACCUAAACCAAUACCUGGUACAGUACCUGAAAGUGGUUCCGAACUGCAGCCUCAAAGCCCAUCAGUGUUAUCCAGAAGAAAUGCUGUUGUUGACAAGGGAAAGAAGCCUAUCUCACCUCUAGAUACUUCAAGACGGAGAAAAUCUAUAUCUGACAGAAGUCCGUCUAAAGAACAGGAAGUUGAACCAGGAACCUCUCCAUCGCCAAAAAUCAAAACGCCCCAUCCUUACCCUUUUAUCAUCCCCAAGGCAGAGCCUGUUGAUGGAGACGCAGAUUAUGAGGUUCCCAUUUCAGUGGUUUUUCCUGAACCUCUAAGUGCUGAAGAACAAGAUGACAACAACGCAGUGGCAUCACAAUGCAGGAACGAAAAUGUUGAAGAUGAAGCCCCAGUUGCUUCUCAAGUUCCUGUUUCUCUACCCUCCCCAUGUGACCCAGAUGACAUAACAAAGGGAGAAGAAAAAGUGAAAAUUCCAUGGGUGAAUAAUUCUACUAAUGAUUUCCUGCCUUUGUUUCACUACAUGCCCCAAAACACGGUGUUCCAAGAUGCAUAUCUUAACAUUUCUCUAUCGCGAAUUGGGAAUAAAGAUUGUUGUGCUUGUAUGGGCAAUUGUGUCAAAUCAUCUAAACCAUGUUUUUGCGCAAAUAAAACUGGAGGGGAUUUUACCUAUACUGCACAAGGUGUAGUGAAGGAAGAAUUCUUGGAAGAGUGUAUUGCCAACAGUCGCACUCAAAGUUUUACAUAUUGCAAAGAAUGUCCAUUUGAAACUUCAAAGAAUGAUGGCUUUUUAGAACCAUGUAAAGGACAUUUGAAGAGAAAAUUUAUUAAAGAAUGCUGGAGCAAAUGUGGCUGUGGGAAUCAUUGUGGCAAUCGGAUUGUCCAGCGUGGAAUAACUUGCAACUUGCAGGUGUUUUUAACUUCAGAUGGAAAAGGAUGGGGUCUUCGCACCUUAGAGGAACUUCCAAAAGGUGCAUUUGUAUGCGAGUUUGUUGGAGAAAUUCUAACAGUCAAAGAGCUGCAUGAGAGGAACAAAGCUAGAAAAUAUACGUUGCCAAUUUUAUUGGAUGCAGAAUGGAGCUCAGGAGUUGUAAAGGAUAACCAAGCUCUUUGCUUAUAUGCAGCAUCAUAUGGAAAUGCUGCUCGGUUUAUUAAUCACAGAUGUUUGGAUGCAAACUUGAUUGAGAUCCCGGUUGAAGUUGAGAGUCCAUCUCAUCACUAUUAUCACAUUGCCUUCUUCACGUCCAGAAAAAUUGAAGCACAGGAAGAGUUGACUUGGGAUUACGGCAUUGACUUUGACGAAGAUGAUCAGUCACUCGAGCUGUUUAAGUGCAAAUGUGGCAGUAGAUUCUGCAGAAUAUUAAGCGAACAAAUAGAACAGUUAGAUCAUUCAAUGCUGCGUGAUAGAUAG